AGUGGACCAUAAAAGCUCAGAGGUUACCACUGGUCAGUCUUCCAAACAGCGUCAAACACAGCUGGACUCUAUAUUUAUGCUGCUGGAGGAGAACAUUGUAAUUUUUUUGAAGAAAGAGCUUAAGAAGAUCCAGAGGGCUCUGAGUUCAGAUCACCCCGAAAGCUUAGAGAGUCAGAGUGAGGAAGAGGAGUUGUUGGAUGGUGAGGACGAAAAGCAGAGGAGGAGCAGCAGAGAGGCAUUUCUGACGAUCACACUGCACUUCCUGAGGAGAAUGAAGCAGGAGGAGCUGGCCGAGUGUCUGCAGAGAAGAAUUAUUGUUCAAGUCUGUCAGCGUGAACUUAAAUCCAACCUGCAGAAGAAGUUCCAGUGUGUGUUUGAGGGCAUUGCUAAAGCAGGAAACCCAACCCUUCUGAAUCAGAUCUACACAGAGCUCUACAUCACAGAGGGGGGGACUGCAGAGGUCAAUGAUGAACAUGAGGUCAGACAGAUUGAAAAAGCAUCCAGGAAACCAGACAGACCAGAAACAACAAUCAGACAAGAAGACCUCUUUAAAGCCUCACCUGGAAGAGAUGCACCAAUCAGAGCAGUGAUGACAAAGGGCGUGGCUGGCAUUGGGAAAACAGUGUUAACACAGAAGUUCACUCUGGACUGGGCUGAAGGCAAAGCCAACCAGAACAUACAGUUCACAUUUCCAUUCACUUUCAGAGAGCUGAAUGUGCUGAAAGAGAAGAAGUACAGCUUGGUGGAACUUGUUAAUCACUUCUUCACUGAAACCGAAGACGCAGGAAUUCGCAGGUUUGAUCAGUUCCCGGUUGUGUUCAUCUUUGACGGUCUGGACGAGUGUCGACUUCCUCUGGACUUCCUCAACAAUGAGAUCCUGACUGAUGUCACAGAGUCCACUUCAGUGGAUGUGCUGCUGACAAACCUCAUCAGGGGGAAGCUGCUUCCCUCUGCUCGCCUCUGGAUAACCACACGACCUGCAGCAGCCAAUCAGAUCCCUCCUGAAUGUGUGGACAUGGUGACAGAGGUCCGAGGGUUCACUGACCCACAGAAGGAGGAGUACUUCAGGAAGAGAUUCAGAGAUCAGGAGCAGGCCGGCACCAUCAUCUCCCACAUCAAGACCUCACGAAGCCUCCACAUCAUGUGCCACAUCCCAGUCUUCUGCUGGAUCUCUGCUACAGUUCUCGAGGACAUGUUGAAAACCAGAGAGGCAGGAGAGCUGCCCAAGACCCUGACUGAGAUGUACAUCCACUUCCUGGUGGUUCAGGCCAAAGUAAAGAACAUCAAGUAUGAUGGAGGAGCUGAGACAGAUCCACACUGGAGUCCAGAGAGCAGGAAGAUGAUGGAGGCUC